CUAUCAGCAGGUUUCCCUUGUCCAAGCAGUCAGCAGUUGUAAGCGAACUUUCGUGUUGUUUGGUUUCGUACAGAGUUUCUGCCAAGUGCCCAGGCUUUGUUCACCACAAAACACUAUCCCCCAUUUAUAAACUCAAUUAUGCAUUCAAAAAAUAUAAAAAACUUUGAUAAUAGUGAAGUUAUAUAGCAUUCGGAGUCAUAUUCGUGACACGACAUCAGGUUCAUUUGGGUUAACACUCGAUUGGGUAAUGGAAGACAUACCGUCCCAGGAUGCAUAGUUUUAAUUGUCAUCAUACAGAAUCGGGUAGUAGUCAAGAUGAAGGCGAUUUAUUUGCGGCAGUGGCCACUCUGGUGACCGAAGGACGAAUUCCAGGACCGUCGAAGGGUGGAGAUUCGAAAUCGAAAGAUUUUCACGAAGGCCCCCACUGCAACUUUUUGACUGCGAACGAUCGGACUCAUAUUUGCGAUUCUAAUAACCGUUUGUGUGCAAGAUUCAAGAAAAACCGAGACACUAUUCUGAGGCAAUUCAAAAAACGUGUUCCAGUUUGUAUUGAAGUCCUGUUCACUUGUGUAUGUAAGGAAUUUGGUAACGUUGAAACGGACGAUUUGGACAACGCUGUGCUACUUGAACAGUGGUUUUUUUGUACAGGCUCUAACAAAACAAAUUCGACUCCACUUUUGAACAUCAACCAAUUAAUCAAUGCAGUACGUUCCCAGUUAUACUUUUCCCAAAUAACCGCCUGGCUAGUAACUCAAGACAAAUCAUCUCUGAUAGCAUUCGAAAAUAUACGAUUCAGAUUAUCAACGUCAGACGAAUUAUUAGCCCCAGUAACUUUUACAUUGACCGCCACGAAACAUGAAUUUCCUUUAUCAGAUCUUGGCAAAGGGACAACAUUGAAUAUCUCCUUCUUAAGCGCCGCCCGUACAUCAUCCAGACCGACUUUGAAUUGCCUCAAUUGUUUAAACAAGAAAUUUGGAAAAUUAGAUCCGAAAAUGGAGAUUUUGGUUGACGAUAGAAUGCAUACUUCAUGUACUGUAAAAGGCAAACACUGUUGCGAAGAUACAGAAGAGGAAACUGUAAAAAUUUGCCAAAAAGACAAUAAGCACCCACAACAACGGUUAUCCAGUAGACGUAACAAAAAAACCAAAUCCAACCAUCAUAAUAAUUUCGAAUCCACUACCACAACCAUGGCGAUGCAAACAGAAGAAAAUCAUACCACUACAGCCAAUAAUUGGCGUAACUUUAAUGAUCUCAAAACUCCGCCUGUUGUGCAGCAGCAACAAGACAAAGGCAGGAUAUUGCUGGACGCAAUAGAACGUUGCAGCGUUCAGAAGCAGCAGAAUGAGUGUCGUGAUAAUUUUUGUGAUAUGAGCGAAAGUGAUAAAUCGUUUAUUAGUCGUAGGGAAAAUAAUACUAAUUUUAUUAAUAGCCAUUGUGAUAGAUUCAAAAAAUUGCAAGACGUAUCAAAUAUAUCCAAAGCUGCGGGGGCGCGAAGGAAACUGACGUUCGAUUCUGAAGACAAUGAAUCUUCGACAAGUACAAAUAAUAAUAAUAAUAAUGCCAUCAUCAGAGACAUCCCUAUUGUCCAAGAUCAAGGGAAGAUUAGGAGAAAUUUGGGAAAUACCACCUCUACCGUGUUCCAUGCCAGAACUGGUUUGCCAUUGAGUAGCAGCCCAGCGCCUAUUAGGAAGGGAAAGAACGGAUUCGAUUUUGAUUCAUCUUUGGAUACUGUUUCAGCCAUCAAGAGUGCCCUGUUCUCGAGCAGCUUUUCUGCAGAAGAAGAAAGCGAAAGCGAAGGAAGCAUCAUCUCGCCUUGCAGCCCCGAGAUAUAUACUGGACCGAAAAAGGACUCAGGUCCAGUUAUAUAUCAUCGCAAGGGAAGACCCACAAAUUUGUUAGGUACGUUUGAGGAAUCUGUAUUGAACGGAAGACUGGAACCAGUAUCGACAGUUCAUGGUUUCAGAGCUGAACUUGGUGCAAGCGGCUCGUUUGUUCCAAAACACAUUUUCGUCCCGAUUACGGCGUUUUUCUAUGCGUUCGGCGAUCAUGACAGAGUAUCAACCCCAUAUUUGUGUCAUAUAAGUCUGAGUAAAAAAGGCUUCAACAUUCCCAAAGCCGGAACGCUCCAAGUCACCUUGUUCAAUCCUUUGGGUACGGUUGUGAAAAUGUUUGUUUUACCUUAUGACCUCGCCGAUAUGCCACCGAAUUCUCAAACUUUUAUCCGUCAACGCACAGUUUUUAUGCCGACCGAGUGCCAGAACAAAUCUUGCGCUAAAUGGCUCAGAUUUCUUAUACACGUGAGAUUCAUGAGUUCAAAAUCUGGUAAAAUCUAUCUACACAGCGACAUCAGAAUGAUAAUAAUGCGAAAAUCGGAUAUGGACACUGCGACAGCUCACGACAUAGAACGAAACUACGAGUUGCGCAGUUUCACUCAGAUGCCAACAAAUCCACGAUUUUCUCCAAGAAAGUAACUAGAAAUUACUUUGCGUAAGUGCGGCCGUGUCAGCUUACGUGAAGAACGUUCUAGAACAUCGAAAAAUCGUCGGAAAUUAGAACAGAAUACGCAUCAUUCGUCCACGAAUUUUUACGGUUACAUUUGCCGGUUGUUUUUUAGUUGUUUUAUGGAGAAAUACGCGACUGUUCACUUGUAGCGGGCGCGACGUUUGGGAUCGGAAUUAUUAUAAUUUAUUUUAAAUUUUUCAUAAUUUGAAUUUGUUUUAGUUGAUUGUUUAUGAAUUGUAAAUGAUGAAAGGCACAAAUAAGAAAUAAGUAAGUAGACAUACGGCUUGUUCUGUAAAAUAUUAACGUUAUUCUAUUUAGAAGAUCUUCUUAAUUAAUCUAAUCGCGUAGUAGUUUCGGAAUUUUUGCAUUGGGGAAUCUGUGUUAAUAUAUAUUUUUUUUUUCACUUGUAUUUACUGCCAGUGUUGUAUAGAUUGGUUUGAUAUAAACCUUAUUGAAAAACUGUUCAAGAUUGGCUAUAUUACUGUUCUAGAACAAUUUUUGAGCGAAGUUUUAUCAGAGGUGAUAUUAUUUUGGUAUAUGUAUAGUGUGGGAAAGAACUUUGGUGGAUUGACUAAGGAAUUUAGGACUUUGGUGAAAAAAAUUAACUUGUCUAUUAAUAACUAAGACCAAUAUCUGAGGAACUGUGGUUGAUAUGUUUUUCCCAUACCAUAAAUUUAUAUUGAUUAAAGUGAUACAGCUAUUAUUAAAAAGAAUCAUUUUUAUGUUUUACAAUAAUUAUAUUAUGUUAUCGAAUUUGUUAUAAUAAUUAUUAUUAGGUAUAGCGUCUCGGCAGUUUUUGUUCUAGAAAUUUCCAUUCUGAACAAUUUUUUGACCGCGUCUUAUACAAAGUCUAUUAAGAGAUUUUAUUAUAUACACCCACACAAACUAAUUUUUUUAUUAGAUAUUCAAAAUAAAUGUGUGUAAAGCUAA